GGCGGCAGAGGCGGGGGCGCAAGCAGGAAGUGUGAGUAGAGCGGCCCGGGGCGCGCUGGCGGGCGGGCUGCGGCCGCCACUUCGCGGAGAAGCAGCCGCCGCCUCCGGUGCCUGCGGAGAUGGAGGGGCCGGCGCUGGGCUCGCAGUGCAGGAAUCUCAGCCACGGCCCCCACCCUCCAGGAUGUGGUCGACACGGCGUCUGUGCACAUGAAAACAAAGAACUUGCCAAGGCAAGAGAAGUGCUUCCUCUUAUAGAGGACUCUAGUAACUGUGACAUCGUCAAAGCUACUCAAUACGGGAUUUUCGAACGAUGUAAAGAGUUGGUAGAAGCAGGAUAUGAUGUCAGGCAACCAGAUAAAGAAAAUGUGUCACUUCUUCACUGGGCUGCUAUUAACAACAGGCUGGACCUUGUAAAGUUUUAUAUUUCAAAAGGUGCUGUCGUAGAUCAACUGGGUGGAGAUUUAAAUUCAACUCCUCUUCACUGGGCCAUCAGGCAAGGACAUUUACCUAUGGUCAUAUUGUUACUCCAGCAUGGUGCAGACCCCACUCUCAUUGACGGAGAGGGAUUCAGCAGCAUCCACCUGGCCGUGUUAUUUCAGCACAUGCCUAUUAUAGCGUAUCUCAUCUCCAAGGGACAGAGUGUGAAUAUGACAGAUGUCAACGGACAGACACCUCUCAUGUUAUCAGCUUACAAAGUAAUUGGGCCAGAACCAACUGGAUUUCUUUUAAAGUUUAAUCCUUCCCUCAAUGUGGUUGAUAAAAUACACCAAAAUACUCCACUUCACUGGGCAGUUGUGGCAGGAAAUGUCAAUGCAGUUGAUAAACUUUUGGAAGCUGGCUCCAGCCUGGAUAUCCGAAAUGGAAAGGGAGAAACACCUCUUGAUCUAGCUCUACAAAACAAAAAUCAGCUCAUUGUUCACAUGCUAAGAACAGAAGCCAAAAUGAGAACCAACCAAAAGUUCAUACUUUGGAGGUGGCUACAGAAAUGCGAGCUCUUCCUGCUGCUGAUACUGUGUGUGAUCACCAUGUGGGCGGUCGGAUAUAUCCUGGACUUUGAUUCAGAUUCUUGGCUUCUGAAAGGAUGUCUUCUAAUGACAUUGUUUUUCCUGACAUCUUUGUUUCCAAGGUUCUUGGUCGGGUAUAAGAACCUUGCGUACUUACCAACAGCCUUUUUGCUAAGUUCUAUUUUUUGGAUAUUUAUGACUUGGUUCAUCUUACUCUUUCCUGAUAGAACAGGAAGCCCUUUCUAUUUUGCCUUCGUCCUGAGUGUUAUAGCCUUUCUCUACUUUUUCUACAAGACUUGGGCAACUGAUCCUGGCUUCACUAAGGCUUCCGAAGAAGAAAGAAAAGUGAAUAUCAUCACCCUUGCAGAAACCGGCUGCCUGGACUUCAGAACAUUUUGCACAUCAUGCCUCAUAAGGAAGCCGUUAAGGUCGCUGCAUUGCCAUGUGUGCAACUCCUGUGUGGCUCGGUAUGAUCAGCACUGCCUGUGGACUGGACGGUGCAUAGGUUUUGGCAACCAUCACUAUUAUAUUUUCUUCUUGUUUUUCCUCUCCAUGGUGUGCGACUGGAUUAUAUAUGGAUCUUUUGUCUAUUGGUCAAACCAUUGUGCUACAACAUUCAGAGAAGAUGGACUGUGGGCCUACCUCAAUCAGAUCGUGUCCUGUUCUCCUUGGGUUUUAUAUAUCUUCGUGCUAGCAGCUUUCCAUUUUUCAUGGUCAACAUUUUUAUUAUUAAACCAACUCUUUCAGAUUGCUUUUCUGGGCCUGACCUCCCAUGAGAGAAUCAGCCUGGUGAAGCAGAGCAGGCAUAUGAAGCAGACAUUGUCCCUCAGGAAGACGCCAUACAACCUUGGAUUCACACAGAACCUGGCAGAUUUCUUUCGGUGUGGCUGCUUUGGCUUGGUGAAGCCCUGCGUGGUAGAUUGGACAUCCCAGUACACCGUGGUCUUCCAUCCAGCCAAAGAGAAAGUUCUUCGCUCAGUAUGAAGAAAAGCAACAGGAACUCCUCAUUCUGAUUUGUUUUUGUGUAUGUUGCAGUCCUGCAGUCUGAAAGCAAAGUGAGGAUUUAGAGUUCACCUAAUCCCAAAGGAAAUCACAGGUGGUUUUUAAAGCCGUUUGGUAAAAACUACCUUCUCAAUAAAGGCAUUACACUUUUUCAGGUUUGGAGAGAUGGACUGUUCCUGGACAAUCUUGGCAGACAUCUGAAAAACAAAAAACAAACUUUAAUAUUUUUUACAAGAAAAUGCAAAAUACUUUUUUUUUUGGAGUAAUAUCACUAAUGAUGGAUAAAAUAUGGAGUAUUUUUAGAUCCUAUAUUGGCUGUUUUGCAAUAGUACUUUUUUGAUAAGUUAUUUCAAUUUGUUGUAUCUAUAAAUAUGUAAUAUAUAUAUAUAUAUUUAAACAGAUGUACCUGUUUUGCUUUCACAAUUAAUAAAAAAAGUUUUUUGUA